AUUCUUUGAUUUUUUAAAAGGUGUUCAAGCAAUGUAGUAGCACAAAAUCUAACACGUGUCUCAGAAUUCCAACUCAUGAGCCUUUCAGAGGACCCAGACCUGCAGCCCAUCCUGUUUGGAUUGUUCCUGUCCAUGUACCUGGUCACAGUGCUUGGAAACCUGCUUAUCAUCCUGGCCGUCAGUUCUGACUCCCACCUCCACACCCCCAUGUACUUCUUCCUUUCCAACCUGUCUUUUGUGGACAUUGGUUUCAUCUCGACCACAGUCCCAAAGAUGCUCAUGAACAUCCAAACUCACAACAGAGUCAUUUCCUACACUGGCUGCCUAACACAAAUGUCUCUUUUUGGCAUUUUUGUAUGUAUGGAUGACAUGCUUCUGACUGUGAUGGCUUAUGACCGGUUUGUGGCCAUCUGUCACCCCCUGCAUUAUACAGUCAUUAUGAACCCUCGUCUCUGUGGCUUCUUAACUUUGGUAUCAUUUUUGCUGAGUCUUUUGGACUCUCAGCUGCACAAUUUGAUGAUCUUACAAAUUACCAGCUUCAAGGAUGUGAAAAUUUCCAGUUUCUUCUGUGACCCUUCUCAACUUCUGAAUCUUUCCUGUUCUGAUAACUUCUCUGAUAACAUUGUCAAGUAUUUUCUUGCUGCCAUAUAUGGCCUUUUCCCUAUCUCAGGGAUCUUUUUCUCUUACUAUAAGAUAAUUGCCUCCAUUCUGAGGAUCCCAUCCUCAGGUGGGAAGUACAAAGUUUUCUCCACCUGUGGCUCUCACCUGGCAGUUGUUUGCUUAUUUUAUGGAACAGUUGUUGGAGUGUACUUGAGUUCAGCUGUAUCACAUUCUCCCAGAAAGGGUGCAGUAGCCUCAGUGAUGUACACUGUUGUCACCCCCAUGCUGAACCCCUUCAUCUACAGCCUGAGGAACAGGGACAUUAAAAAUGCUCUUAGGAGACUCCACAGCCAAAUUUUCCACUCUUAG